GCCCCGCGCGCUUGCGCACUGAAGCCCGCGCAGGGCGCCCCUUCUCUCUGCCCCCCCGCCCCAAAUCCAGACCCUUCCUCUUCCUUUGGGCUAGAAGAAGCCCACCACUUUGACAUGCCCGAGAUCCGCCUUCGCCACGUCGUGUCCUGUAGCAGCCAGGACUCGACUCACUGUGCAGAAAACCUUCUCAAGGCAGACACUUACCGAAAAUGGCGGGCGGCCAAGGCAGGCGAGAAGACCAUCUCUGUGGUCCUACAGCUGGAGAAGGAAGAGCAGAUACACAGUGUGGAUAUUGGAAAUGAUGGCUCAGCUUUCGUGGAGGUGCUGGUGGGCAGCUCAGCUGGGGGUGCUGGAGAGCAAGACUAUGAGGUCCUUCUGGUCACCUCAUCUUUCAUGUCCCCUUCUGAGAGCCGCAGUGGCUCCAACCCCAACCGUGUCCGUAUGUUUGGUCCUGACAAGUUGGUUCGGGCAGCAGCUGAGAAGCGCUGGGACCGUGUCAAAAUUGUUUGCAGUCAGCCCUACAGCAAGGACUCGCCCUAUGGCCUGAGUUUUGUACGGUUUCACAGCCCCCCAGACAAAGAUGAGGCAGAGACCCCAUCCCAGAAAGUGACAGUGACCAAGCUUGGCCAAUUCCGUGUAAAGGAAGAGGACGAGAGCACCAACUCCCUAAGACCAGGGUCUCUCUUCUUCAGCCGGAUCAACAAGACAUCUCCAGCCACAGCCAGUGACCCAGCAGGACCUAGCUAUGCAGCUGUGACACUCCAAGCAUCUAGUGCCAUCUCCUCAACCUCUCCAGUUUCCAGGGCUGUGAGCAGCACCUCUAAACCUCAGGAGUCUCCCAAAGGGAAGAGGAAGCUGGAUUUGGGCCAAGAAGAAAGGAAGAUCCCCAAUAGACCGUCGGCCCCACUCUUACCACCUGCCAUCAAGAGACCCAAAUUGCCACUUCCCACCCGUACUCCAGCCACAGCCCCAGUCUCUGCCCCAGCACAGGGGACAAUGCUAGGGAAACCCCAGGAAGAAGGCACCGAACCUAGAGGACACCGAGCUGGCUCGCAAGAGCUGGGGAAGAUCCUUCAGGGUGUGGUGGUGGUGCUGAGUGGCUUCCAGAACCCCUUCCGUUCAGAGCUCCGGGACAAGGCUCUAGAGCUGGGGGCCAAGUAUCGGCCAGACUGGACCCCGGACAGCACGCACCUCAUCUGUGCCUUUGCCAAUACCCCCAAGUACAGCCAGGUCCUGGGCCUCGGAGGCCGCAUUGUGCGUAAGGAGUGGGUCCUGGACUGUCACCGGAUGCGGCGGCGGCUACCCUCCAGGAGGUACCUCAUGGCAGGGCUGGGCUCAAGCAGCGAGGAUGAGGGGGGCUCUCACAGCAGCAGCAGCGGGGAUGAAGCCCCCAAGUUUCCCCGAAAGCGCCCCCAGGCCAAAACCAAGCCUCCUCAGACAACUAGACCCAGGUCACCCCAGAAACCUCCGAGCCCCAAAGAGACCAAGGCAGCCUCACCCAGACCCCAGGAAGAGACUGACACUGAGGGGGAGCAGUCAGAAGGACAGAACAAUGGAGCAGAAGAUUCUGAGGACACUGAGGAUGAGCUGAGGAGGGUAGCCGAACGGAGGGAACAGAGGCAGCCCCCUGGCGAAGCAGAGAACGGUGAGGACCCGUAUGCAGGCUCCACAGAUGAGAACACAGAUAAUGAGGAUCACCCCUCAUCUCCUGACUUGCCAGUUCCUGAGCUCCCAGACUUCUUCCAGGGCAAGCACUUUUUCCUGUAUGGGGAGUUCCCUGGGGAUGAGCGGCGGAAGCUCAUCCGAUAUGUCACAGCCUUCAAUGGGGAGCUUGAGGACUAUAUGAGCGACCGGGUCCAGUUUGUGAUCACAGCACAGGAGUGGGAUCCCAGCUUUGAGGAGGCCCUGAUGGAAAACCCCUCCCUGGCAUUCGUCCGUCCCCGAUGGAUCUACAGUUGCAACGAGAAGCAGAAGUUACUUCCCCACCAGCUCUAUGGGGUGGUGCCCCAGGCUUGAAGUAUGUGCUUGUGUGCGUGUGUACACACAUACGCAUAUAUUCAAACACAUACAGAUGAGUUUAAUAAAGAUGAUUUAGUGUGCA